AUGCCGGGACCUACUGUUGACCACGAGAACGUUAUCGAGCCUGAUGAAGAGAACGAAGAUGACCGAGACUCUUCCAUCCUCUCUAUCAAUGCAUCAACUUCUGAAAGCUUAAAAAGCUCUAUCUUAGACUAUCGCAAAGAAAAUGGCCGAACGUAUCAUCGAUACAAAGAUGGAAAAUACAAUCUCCCGAAUGAUGACAUUGAGAAGCAAAGACUGGACCUCCAGCAUAACUUGUUCAUCCUGAUGCUCGACAACAGACUAGGAUUGGCACCUCCAAAUGAUCCUGGUGCCAAGGUGAAGCGCGUUCUCGAUGUAGGGACAGGUACUGGAAUCUGGGCGAUUGAUUAUGCCGACGAACACCCCGAUUCCGAGGUUAUUGGCGUCGACUUGUCCCCGAUUCAGCCUGAUUUUGUUCCGCCAAAUGUGGAGUUCUUUAUCGACGACAUUGAAGAGCCGUGGACAUUCUCUGAACCUUUUGACUAUGUCCACAGUCGCAUGAUGACGUUCAGCAUCAAAAGCUGGCCUGAUCUCGCCAGCAACAUCUUCAACAACCUUGUCCCCGGCGGGUACGCAGAACUUCUCGAAAUAGAUCUCUUCGCCAAGUCGGAUGACAGCACCUUAAAUGAAGACCACAAUCUAUCUAAACUCAUCCACCUCCUCGACGAGGCCUCAACCAAGAUUGGUCGCCCAUUCCAAGACAACAGAAAGAACAAAGACAUUCUACGCGUUGCCGGCUUCGUCGAUGUUGUUGAGACGGUCUUUAAAUGGCCCAGCAACGCUUGGCCAAAGGAUAAGAAAUUUAAAGAGCUUGGACAGUGGAACAACUUGAAUAUGGACGACUUCAAAGGGCUUGAGGCUCUUUCCAUCGCCGUCUUGACUAGAGUGCUUGGUUGGAGCCAAGAAGAGGUAACAGUCUUCCUGGCCAAGGUCAGGGAAGACAUUAACAACAAAGCGAUUCAUGCCUAUUGGCCAGUUUACUCUACAUAUGGUAGGAAGCCGCAGGAGUGA